CUAAAAUUUUCUCUCUCAUUUCAUCUUUGUUCUUAUAGAUCAAACUCCUCUUUCUCUCUGACACAAUUUUCUUCUUCCUCUCUUUCAAACUCUUCGUUCUCCCCCAGAAUUUCCCUUGCUAUUUCUCUGGAAAAUAAAUAAAUAAACAAAAGAAGCAUGAGAGAUUUUGCAGAGUAAUGUGUAAUUGUGUAUGAGCACCAUAGUUUCAAGGAACCACCCAUUUUAAAUUUCUGUUGUUCCUUAUGAGGUUGCAGUGCACAGUUUUCUCGUUUUCCACAAUGCAGAGUGGAAUCUCAUCCUUUUGGGGAUUUCACUAGCUGAUUUUGAAAUCCAUCACUGGCUAGUAGAGUAGAAUGCAACCCCCUUUAAACCCUAACUUUGCUCAAGUGGUCAAUUCAUUUUACGAGGAUUUGACCCUUUUGUGUUCCUAAGUCCAUCAAGCUUCAAGCUUUUCUGUAUUCUGAGCUGAUUUGAGGUUUUGUAUCUUUGUGAAAAUGGGGGUCCAGUGUCUUAAUGGCUCUCAAAUUGAGGGAUUUUUGGUUGGCCCUGAGUGUGUACUUGGCUGAUUUGAGGAUUCUGAGUGAUACUCCAGGUUCAUUUUGGUGGAAGAAAACCCGAGAUCUGUGUUGAAAGUGCUGGAAGCUAUAUAAGUCAGCAGUGUGCACGCCAGGUGUUUGCUAAUGUGUACCAGUGACUCUUGAGCUUCCAAAUGAUUAAAAAAGUACGGGGUUUCAGUGAAUUUCGUCUCCGGUAAGUGAUGAUGGAUAUUUAGAGCUUGAAGAAUCCACUGGACGUGUGAGUUAUUGGUGAAGUUGAAAUUUUGAAGGAGGUUAUUUUGGUGGGUUGUUGAAAAAGCAAAGAGAUUUUGUGUUCAAUAAUGUCGGGGGCUCCUAGAUUGAGGUCUAUGAAUGUUGCUGAUUCAGAGGCAAGGCCUGUGCUUGUACCAGCUGGGAACAAGACAGGGUCUUUUGGUUCAAGGAAACCAGCUACAAAGCCACUGAGGAAGGCUGAGAAAUCCAGGAGCGAGGUUGCUUCGGCGAAGGAGAAGAAACCAUGUGAAUUGUCCUCAGCUGUGAAUCCCUCACCUUCUCCUCAGUCACACUCUGCAAGUGUUUCUUCUGUGCUUCGCAGGCAUGAGCAAUUGCUGCACUGUAAUUUGUCUCUGAAUGCUUCAUGCUCAUCUGAUGCAUCCACAGACUCGUUCCACAGCCGAGCUUCGACUGGGAGAUUGACAAGGUCUAAUAGCUUGGGAGUUCCAAGGAAACGGUCUGUGUCAAAGCCUAGAAGUGUUGCCUCUGAUGGUGUGUUAGAAUCUGCCCCUGAUGGUUCACAGUCCAAGAAGAGGUGUGCUUGGGUCACUCAUAAUACCGAACCAUGGUAUGCUACUUUCCAUGACGAAGAAUGGGGUGUUCCAGUACACGACGACAAGAAACUAUUUGAGCUUCUUGUUCUUUCCAGUGCUCUGUCUGAGCUCACUUGGCCAGCCAUUCUGAGCAAAAGGCACAUUUUUAGGGAAGUUUUUGCAGACUUUGAUCCCAUUGCUGUGUCGAAGUUAAACGAGAAGAAGUUGAUGGCGCCAGGAACUGCUGCUACCUCCUUACUUUCAGAGCUUAAAUUGCGAGCCACAAUUGAGAAUGCCCGUCAAAUAUCAAAGGUCAUAGAGGAGUUUGGGUCAUUCGACAAGUAUAUUUGGAGUUUUGUGAACCACAAGCCUAUAGUUAGCAGGUUCCGGUAUCCACGACAGGUUCCUGUUAAGACACCAAAAGCUGAUGUUAUUAGCAAAGACCUUGUGAGGAGGGGGUUCCGCAGCGUGGGACCUACCGUCGUAUACUCCUUCAUGCAGGUUGUGGGGUUAACAAAUGACCACCUCAUCAGUUGCUUUAGAUUUCAGGAGUGUAUAGCUGCAGCAGAACGCAAAGAAGAGAAUGCCAUCAAGGAUGAUACUCAACAAAAGGAGACUGAUAAUGUGAUGCAAGCUGAUCUCUCCAUUGCCAUUGAUGCUUUGAAUUUCUCCUCAGAAGGAAUUGUGUGACGGUUCCUUUUGGACCAAAUUUGUGUUACUUGUCAGCCUUACAUUCAGUAAUGAUCAUGUUGUAGCAUUUUGUGUAUCAAUCUCAUGGAGUCCCUAAGAGCACAGUUAAAUUGAAUUUAGACCAAUUGGGGUGCCCAUAUUGUUGUAUGAUGCUUUAGGGAAUCCUUUAGAAAUUGGUGUACAAUUUUUUGUACAGUAAAAAAUAUCAGUGAUUAGAAUUUUCUUUUAAACCA